GUUCGUGUUCCGAUCCUUCUCCCGAGCCAUAAUGGGUUGCUUCUUCGCCUGCUUCAGGGUUCGCGACAAGCGCCACCUCCCCACCACCACUACAGUGCCUUCUUCUCUUUCCAACAAACGCAACGAUGUUGCUGUCUCUCGAAAUCGUUUGUCUACUUUGUUUCAAUCUGAAGAGAGAGAAGACCCUGCGCGCGAUGGUGGGAAGAAUUUUGGUGACAGAGAGCUUAAGAAUGAGGCCAAGUUUCUUAAAGCUUCUGGUACAAUAUCAAGAACUGCUGCUGAAAUUCGGAAAGCGUCUGAGAAACUGAAAGUCUCACCUUCUUGGGAUAAAGAUUCUGAUCCUUCAAGGUUUCGUUCUUCGCUUCCCAAUACAUCUGCCGAGAAAGUUCAGCUAAAUGUUCAACCAUUCAACCCCCUAACUCCUGUAAAAUAUUGCGAAGAAUGGGGGAAAGUAACUGAUUCUUUAGAGCACACACCAAGCAGCUGUAUCUCCAAUGCACAAAAUAUCCAAUGCGACGCUCUUGACUCUACGGAAGGAAGUAGGACAGCAAGCCUUCAUACUUCAGAUAGGACUGAAAAGAGUACAGCUUCUGUUUCACCCUGGCCAUCAACCACAUACACUAAGACAAGGAACAAGUCUGUACGUUUUGAAUGUGACACUGAUUUAUCAUCGUGUGACUCUUCUGAUUAUGGUGGAUGGCAUAGGAAGAAAACAGACUCAACAAAUAAUGAGGGUGCAUAUAAACCAUCACCUUAUCCUACUCCAAUGAAGUUAUCUGAUGAAAUGCAAACUCCUGGAACUGUUCGCCCUGCCACACUGGAAAACUUACCAAAGGGUAAGUCUCGAGUUCAGUCUCAGUUUGGAUAUUCAGUUUACAAAGUCGAGGAUGUCUCUCAGACCAAGAUUCCCGCGGAAGAGGAUAUUGAAGCUGAGCGAGAUUCAAGGAAGCUGAGUGAAUCAGUUGAGCAGUCUCAAAAUUCUACUUCUACACCAGAAAAAGGGUUAAAGAAAAUGUCCUAUGAAAAUGAAUCUAAGGUGGAAGAAAGCUUAUCUUCUUGGUUGAAGCCUGCAUCUGUCAUUCUGGAGGAGAGAAACAAGAGAAUGGAGAUUGCUUAUACUCAGAUCCGCAAAACUCCUGCCGACAGGCCUAUCAUUGGGAUGGUUGCUGCACACUGGAAUGAAGAUGAGGAUUCUCACGUUCCACCUCCUAAAUGGUGGGAUGGCAAUGGCAUACCAAAUUCAACCACUAAGUACAAGGAAGAUCAAAAAGUGAACUGGCAUGCAACGCCAUUCGAAGAGAGGUUGGAGAAGGCAUUAUCUGAGGAAAGUUUCACCUCUCAAAGGAAGGAUGUAUGUGGAAAACCAAUUGCUUAUGAGAGUGAAGAAAGUGAUACUGCACUAUCUCAGCUGCAAUCUUCGACUCAUCCCCAGUCUGUGGUGUCAUUCUAAUAUCUGUCUGUAGUUGUUGUCCAUCUCACUGCUCUAUGUCUGGUAUGAGAGAUAUUUGGCAUUUAUGCAAACUAAGUCUGAAUCCACUUCGUUCAACAUGCAGAUUGGUUGGAACGGGCAGUUGAUUAUCCAAAUUUUGUGAUAAUAUAGAACUAUCAAGCCGGUUACCACACCGCUUGCGUUGUACAUAAGUGAUGAGAAUUAUUGCGUUAAAUAUU